CAGUAAGGGUGUUGCUUUCGAUGCGUUCGCAACGUACUGCCGGAAGCUGAAAAAAAGAAAACCGUGUCGGGUCCUGUUCCAGCGGUCUGCUGGUGUUCAGCUCAGUUUUGUGUUGAAUCCCGUUGUUUGUGCUCGACUCCUCAGGCAGGGAGAGAUCCGUGGUGAUAAGAACGUAAACGAAGGACGUGGUGGUGCUGCUGCGAGAGUUGAUAGUGCUGUGAUUUCGAGGUCUUGGAUUGAUUACGGUUGUUGGAAACCCGGAUAUGCCGUAGGACUAUCGAGCGAACAGAAACGACAAACUGAACAGAACACGAUAUCACUGUUAUUAAAUACUCGUUGAUGGAAGGCGACGGUUUUCGUCGGGAAAGUAUACUUUCGGAACCGUAGGAUACAGACAGACCAAUCAAAACAUCAUCAGGAGCGAGUGUUUUGCGUUGUAUCAUUAGGAUCGGGUGCGUGUGAGGCUGUGUGAGGCGUUAUAUUUUUUUGUUGUACUUUUCCGUGCGUAGAGAGUAUCGUGAGUGUGUGUAAUGUGAUGAAAUAGUCGUCUUAACUUAGCCGAGGACAUCCUUAGAGCCUUUGGAGAUUUGGCUCAAACCGUAGCUUAGGAAGCGGGCGUGAUGCUGAGGGAGUCUCGCUAGACACAAAAGCCUACCCACAGGCUUGCCGCACAACGCAACGGUGGCGGUGGUUUUCCGUUAGAUGCGAAAAGCGAACCUCCGAUCCCCAGCUGUUGACAGUGAGCUCCCAAGUGGCUACACUAGUGAAUAAGUGAUGAUGUGACGAGUUUGCAUUGUACUCUCCUUUCGAGCUUUGCCGUUUCCCGUCCCGUUAGCGUUGAUGGAGAACGGUAGCAACUUUAAAAGAAUUCUGUUGAAAGCACCGAACUAGGAAGACAAAAGGCACCGUGGCAAGGAAGAGUUGUAAGAUUCCGGAAAGUGCACUUUCGUAAUGAUUCAGCGGGAAAAAGUUUGCUAAAAUAUGGGACAUAAGUGGAUGAGAAAACAUUUCCCAAAUACUUGAAACAGGGGAUUCAAUAUUUCAGCAUCACCUGCGGUUUCGGAUGAUAGCACAAAGUUCACAUAAGGGAAAAACCGAACAAAAAACUUUCAUGCUUUUGCCGUGCUUUCGAACAAUGAAUAGCGAUUCCGGGAAGGAAAAAUCCUGUGUUGAUUAUUAUUGUUAUUGUUAUUAGAAGACCGUGGGAAAUUAACGAAAACCCUAACCGUUAAAAGCUUCCGUGCCGAUUGCGGGAUGUGGAGUUGAAGUGGUUUGAACGAGGACUAGGCUAGUGAGAAUUUGAGUGGAACAAGUUCCACCUGCUGAACCGGUGCAAACGAGAACUUCCUCGUGUUGUUAAGCGGCCAAAGUCAAGCAUACGGAAAGUGGUCGUGUUGUGAUAGUUUUAUUUUGUUUUUUUUUUUUGAAUCGCAAGCCGGCUGAACCGGAAAGUGUUUAUCACGCUAUACUGGCUUCCGGUAGUGAUCUAUCGUUGUUCAUGGUGAAUUCAUUCAGUUUACUCGAAUUGGCUUCCGGAAUCUGCUGAAUCCUGAAAGUAACGAGUUAUCUGGAUUUUUGGAAAGACUUCGUUGUCGGGAUGUAUUAGCGGAGUGAACGGCCUCGUAAACGCAACAGCAGCUGAGAUGGUAUCCCCCCACCGGUGUGCCGCACGACCGGAUCGUCCCGUAGACUCCGCGUGUUAGUUUCCAGCAGCGUGUAACUCCAGCCAUGACCAUCAGCGCCAUCAAUCAACAGUGGCCGGAAAGUUACCGUUCGUUCGUCCUGGUCGUCUUGGUCGUCUUGGUCGCCAUCGUCACCAUCUGCACAAUCGUCUUUGCUGGCAGUAUCGGCUCCUUGGUUGUGGCUGCAAAUAUCCUCCGAGCCAGUUGUUUGCCCUCCUCCAGCGUAGCCGUCGCCCUUGCCUUUGCCGCCUCCAUCACCACCGGCAGUAUCGACAUAACGGGCAUCAGCAUCGAUGGCAGCAGCAGAAGCUAACUCACCAGAUUCAUAGCCGGGCAGGGCAGUAAAACUCCUAUAGGAUCAAAUCAUGAAUUUCCACAAGGCCCCACCGCCCAGCCUAGGAACCUCCCCGCUUACUAAGCCGAACGACGUGUACGAUUACAUAUUCAUCGAUAGUGGCAGCCCUGAUUCGUACCUGGCCGGGGAGCUGGUCAGCAGCAUCGUGAAUGACAGUCUGCUGCUCAAUGGCACUGCACUCGGCACCAAUGGAACCGAGCUGGGUGCCCAAGGCAAUGGCACCCAGACCGGGCUGGACGAACCGCUCGGUGAUGUUAUCGUGAUGGCAGUGACGUCACUCAUCCUCGGACUGAUGAUACUAGUUACCGUUAUAGGAAACGUUUUCGUAAUUGCUGCCAUCAUACUAGAACGUAAUUUACAAAACGUAGCGAAUUAUUUAGUAGCGUCACUCGCCGUGGCAGAUUUACUCGUAGCCUGCUUAGUUAUGCCGUUGGGUGCUGUUUACGAGAUAAGCCGAGGCUGGAUUCUUGGCCCCGAACUAUGUGAUAUAUGGACGUCCUGUGAUGUCCUCUGCUGUACGGCUUCCAUUCUACAUCUGGUGGCUAUCGCCACGGACAGGUACUGGGCGGUGACCAAUAUCGAUUACAUGCACUCCCGUACCAGCCGCCGGGUAUUCACGAUGAUCUUCCUGGUGUGGUUUGCUUCGGUCAUCGUCUCACUGGCACCGCAGUUCGGCUGGAAGGACCCGGACUAUUUACAACGAAUAGAACAGCUAAAAUGCAUGGUUUCGCAGGACAUCGCAUACCAGAUCUUUGCGACGUGUUGCACCUUCUAUGUUCCUCUCCUAGUCAUACUAGUGCUGUACUGGAAGAUCUACCAAACCGCACGGCGACGGAUACACCGGCGGCGACCGAAGCUUCCGGUGACGGGUAACAACAAUCAGGAAGAAACACCAAAAGUAACCAAAUCGAAGAUUCGCUUUCGGCUGAAGAAGAAAUUUGGGAAUCCAGCCAAAUCGGCAGCAUCGUCGCUGGGUCUGGUCGAGGGUAACUCGACCAACACGGUCAACACCGUCGAGGACAACGAGGGCAGCUCGAAUGCGGAGCGGAAGGCAGGCGUAGAAACGGUUUUCACCAGCGACGAGACACCGACCGCAGGGGUACCGAACAACAGUCAAAUACCGACCGUUUCCCACGAGGUAGCCCACCGGCAGUUGCCGGCCGCUUCGGUAGAGACGAACAACAACAACAAUCAUAAUAACAAUAGCCACAGUCACCCAUCGUCCGGUGGGAGUAACAGUAAUAAUCAGCUGCCAGUUCAACAGUCCCAGAAUCCACCGCAAGCCACGUUGCGACCGAUUGGUAAUAAUGCGUUGCUGCAGCCCGCUCAGAACUCACCGACUCUGUCGGGGACGUUGGCAGCGGCCAGCACCGGAUCGACGCUGAACAUCGCCAGUACCCCGAACCCGCACGCGCAGGUAUCGAAACGAAAGGAAACCCUGGAAGCGAAGCGGGAACGGAAGGCGGCCAAAACGUUGGCCAUCAUCACCGGUGCGUUCGUCGUCUGUUGGUUGCCAUUUUUUCUGACGGCACUACUACUGCCACUGUGCGAGUCCUGCUACAUCAACGACUACGUGGCGGCACUCUUCCUGUGGCUAGGCUACUUCAACUCUACGCUCAAUCCCGUCAUCUACACCAUCUUCAGUCCCGAGUUCCGGCAGGCAUUCAAACGGAUCCUGUUCGGUACGCACCGGAGCACCACUUAUCGCCGCGGAAAACUGUAAUACCGUACAGCAGAAGUGACAUCCGCCCCAAUUCCACCGGUGGUAUUCGGAUGGGUGGUGCUGCUGUGUCCGUUUGGACCAUUCCAUCAUUGUCCUGCGGUGUGCUGUUCCAAUUCCUGCGGUCCCUGCGACUUUCCGCACCAAAUGAAGAUGAUGACGAUGACGAUGCCGUUGGUGGUGCUGGUGAUGAUGACGACGAUGAUGGUUCGACCCCGGAAGCAAAAACAGAAAACAAAAAAAAAACGCCAGCAAAUUUAAGCGGGAUUCAUAUUUAUGGCUAUCGGUGGCCGGAGUGUAGAUUUCGAAACGGACUGGACCGGAACAAAAACCACCUGUUGGAGUGCUUGCUGCUGCUGCUGCCGCCAUAUGUAGGAUUUCCGCUCGACGGACGGAUGUUAAAAGCUAUCCCUCAGUCAACGCUGCUGUAAGAGAAAAACCAGUACCAGCACAUGCCAAAUUUUAUUGCUUCAUUUCCCUUCCUCUGUUCCGCUAAACUGCGGGGUCUGUCUGGUAGCAAAAAACCACCGGGUUAUGAAAUUGGCAAUAACCUUUUUAACAAAAGAGAGUCAACAAAACAAACAAACAAAAAGCGGGGCAUGGGGUUUUGGGUUUCACGAUGAAAGCAAACAAACUGGGUAAGUAAGUAGUUUCCGUGCGAAGGAUAUUUGUAUAUGAAAAUGUGACAGGAUUGGAAAAAAACACACAAACCCUCACAAACACACUCAAGCCAAAAAAAAACAACUUGGGUAAUGGAUUUGUUUAGUCGGUAAGGUAGGCUAGAGGAUUUUAAUUACAGUGUAAUCAAAGCAAAUAUUGAAACACGUGUAAUCUAAGCCCACCAGGGGUUCCUAGGUAUCGAACUGCUAGAUUAGACCGUGUUCAGAGUAAUCUUUAUUAAAACUAAGCUGUACCAUAAUGUAAAUAGAAGCUGGCAGAGCAAGCCAAUUAUGAUCAUUAUCAAAGAACCUGCUUUACAAGAGGACAAAACCUGCGCUCAUUAAAAAUAAUGAGAACUACCAGUUAAAAGAAGAAAAUAAACCAAGAGAACAAAAAAAAAAGAUCCAACGGCAUGCGAAGGCAUGCGAUGAUGUCAAACGAGUCUUUGUGAAAUCUAACGAAAAUGACGUCACACCCAGCCGGCGACCGAAAGAGCAAUGAUAAUACCAUAGCCAUAUUAGAAGCGAAUCAUUUACCCGGGGGAAGCAGAUUGGUGGAAAGCGACAAAAAAACUGCUACCGUCCUGUCUUCGACGGGGAGGUGGGGGAGGUUGCUGUUCGUAGCAGCUUUUCCCCGUGUUGAUGAGAGACCGAUAAAAUGUCCACUGCAGGUGCCAAACGGAACGGGAAAACGGAAGAUGCGACAGCGACUGCUUUCGGUUUAUCUUUGAGUACCUCGUAGGUUACCGUAGUAGCCGUAUUAGAUCGUCCUGCCUAGCGACGUCCGUGCGGAUUAAACUUCAGGAAACCUUCUCACUCACCUGUAGCCGUACAUCGUGCAAGACUUGCAUUCAAAGGCAAGAGCAGACUGGAUAAUUCAAUUUUCCCUACUCUUUCACCCAGCAUAAAUAAAACCGGGAGUCUUUUGGCACCCGGAUUACCCGAAACCUUCUUUGCAGGACGGCUGUGCGCUUUUUCACUCCACUGUCACUUGCAUUCGGUGCACUGAAGAAAAAAAACAGAAGAAGCAAUGCAAAUGAUUUUUUGUUUUGUUUUCGGUAGUACGAAAAUGCCAAGCCGACAGACUGGAAGACUGGAAUGCUGAUUCACGAGAAAAACAAUUGAAAUCCCCGAAGAAAUGCACAAUAAUGUGCUGUGUGUUGUGAGUUGCAGAUUCCCGUUCCGACCCGGCAGCGUUGUCUACUAUUACAAACGCCAGAAACUACGACCUGGUCUGAAGGUAAUUCGAUUCACUUCAAUUCGGCUUCCCACGGAUAAAAAUUCGCUCGGCUGGGUUGUUGAUAAACAAAAUUCACUGUAUUCAGAAGCCAAAACGAUUACGAAAUACCUCCCUCAUUUUCCAGCAAAUCUAUGUACUAGCAUAUUGGUAUUUAGAAUAAUGAUUAUGAUGUACUAACAAAAAAAAAUACUAGAAAUAUAAGUACAACAAGCAAAGAUAAAAAACGCGUCGAUUCGACGAACGAAUGCAAUUUAUUUUACCGCUUUUGAGCCAAACGGUAAAAUAAGUUGCUACUUUACCUGCAAUCUACCUUCCCCUGAGCCGGGAAGUGUGUGUGUGUGUGUGUGUGUGUGAGUGUGGAACAGAGAAACAAACUAUAACCGAUUGUACAAACGCGAAGCCAAUACUCAGAAGCAAACAACAUUUUCCGUAUGUAAAUAUGUAUUCUAGCCACUGUCAAAUCGUCGUGAAAAAUUUAACUUCGUAAGUAGAACAAACUAAAUCAAUCACCAGAAAACAAAAACAAAAAAAAACAGAUAUCCUAACUUAUAGAAAAACUAGGUAAUAAUAAUAAAUAAUACACGUACCAGUAGUGUUUAGCGUGUAAGACUACCAAACCUAGAAAAGAGAAAACACAUAAACCAAUAAAUAGUACGUAUCGAUGUCAUGUCAAUGUUGCGAUCAAAUGUGAACUAAACUUGUAAGACUCGUAUGUUUCACUCAUAUGCAACAAAAAAGAGAAUCAAAAUAUGCCAAAGGAAGUAACAAGUAGAAAAUAAAAUUAUUUAGAAUAUGCAAAUCAUUUCUAGUGCAAAAAAAAACAAAAAUGAUACAACUAUAAAUGGAGACAUAAACCAAGAAUGUGAACAAACAAACAAAACAAAACAUAGUACGCAUAUAUAUUUUUAAUCGCUCCGUUAUGAAUAUGUCGAAGAGAGAGAAUGAUUUGUUUUUAUCAGUGUUGAGCACUUUUUUUACGUUGCCCAACGAAGCGAAAUCCCUUUCCCGGCGAAAUGUUAGUUGCAUCAGUAACGAAAAAUAAACAAAAGCCCAAAACAAAGCUACGUAUAUAAGUGUUGUACAGACCAGCUAAAUUAUGUUAUGUGGUUAUUAUGCUACUGAAAUAGAAAAAAAAAAACAGUGGAAAUGUUGUGAAACGAGCUCAUCGGAUUGAACUAUGCAAAACUUUGGCAAAAGAGAAACGGAAACGGAGAUUGUGAAUUUGUUAAAGCUAAACAAUAUAAAAACACAAAGUAAACGAAUCAAAUAAAGAAAUACUGAUAACAGA